CCACCCUCUUCUCUCUCCUCUCCUAUCGCCAUUGCUCGCCGUCUAAGCCGCGGUUUCUUCUUCUCGCGGGAGGGGAGGGGGCGGGAAGGGGACAGCGAUUUGUCUGGUUGGGAUCGAGGGGUGGCGACAUUUAGGGUUGGGUUUCCGAUCCUGGGUUUUGGGCAGCGUCUUACUGGGCUGGUAAGGUGGUGAGGCCAAGAUGAGCGUGAAUCCCAUCCCAGCUUCAGUCACCCAUGGGAACUUGGACGAGCAGAUCGCUCAGCUCAUGCAGUGCAAGCCGCUCUCCGAACAGGAGGCUGGGUCAUGUUGAGCGACCUGGGAGGCUGAUAGAUGGGCUCUGUGGUUGGACGUGGGAUGAUUUCUUUGGGGAGUUUGGGGUUCUGUUUUUUUGGUGAGGAUGCUCUGUGAAAAGGCGAAGGAGGUAUUAAUGGAAGAAAGCAAUGUUCAGCCUGUAAAGAGCCCUGUGACAAUCUGUGGUGACAUUCAUGGGCAAUUUCAUGAUCUUGCAGAACUAUUUCGAAUUGGUGGAAAGUGUCCAGAUACAAAUUACUUGUUUAUGGGUGAUUAUGUUGAUCGUGGGUACUAUUCUGUUGAGACUGUAACGCUUUUGGUGGCUCUCAAGGUGCGAUAUCCUCAGCGAAUCACCAUUCUCAGGGGAAACCAUGAGAGUCGUCAGAUUACUCAAGUUUAUGGAUUUUAUGAUGAAUGCCUGAGGAAAUAUGGUAAUGCAAAUGUGUGGAAGACCUUCACAGAUCUUUUUGAUUAUUUCCCGUUGACGGCAUUGGUUGAGUCGGAAAUUUUUUGUCUACAUGGUGGAUUAUCUCCAUCCAUUGAGACUCUUGAUAGCAUACGAAGCUUUGAUCGGGUUCAAGAAGUUCCUCAUGAGGGGCCUAUGUGUGACCUUUUGUGGUCUGACCCUGAUGAUAGAUGUGGUUGGGGUAUUUCUCCCCGUGGUGCUGGUUAUACCUUUGGCCAAGAUAUAUCCGAGCAAUUCAACCAUACCAAUAACCUUAAGUUGAUAGCCCGAGCUCACCAACUGGUUAUGGAAGGAUAUAAUUGGGGCCAUGAGCAAAAGGUGGUAACCAUAUUUAGUGCACCAAAUUAUUGCUAUCGCUGUGGGAACAUGGCUUCCAUCAUGGAAGUCGAUGAAUGCAAGGGGCAGACAUUUAUCCAGUUUGAACCAGCACCCAGGAGGGGAGAGCCCGAUGUAACUCGUAGGACACCUGACUACUUUCUGUAAGCAGAUAUUGAAGCAUUUAGUUGAUUUUCUGACAGCAAAUAAUGCUUGCUAGAUGAAGUUGUGGUUGCAGAUAUAAUCUCAAGAUCUCACAGUAGGAUUACAAUUUUUUAUUUCAAGCUAAUAUGCUUGUGUGAUCUUGAGGAAAAAUAGCUUGCUUUGUCUAAUGUGGUUGUUAGUGUUCAACCCUUGUUAUUGAGAUGUAUUUGAGAUCCGUAAUGGCUGGAGGCAAAUGGUUAUAAUGCCAUUGCCGCCGCUGCGGCAGCACAUAAGUCGGAAGGGAUUUGGUUGGUUCUCCCUCCCUA